UGUAUUUGCUGCUUCUGUCUUUACUUGUCGUUUUCAUUCUAUCUUCCAGUGGCCGAUCGCAACCAAAGACAAAUAAGGAAAUGGUUUCCAAGAUAGAUCGAUGAAUCCGAAUGAAAAAACCAGUCACAUCACCAAUCACCACAUUAUGACCAAUCGUGAUGAUCCUCUGAUUUGGGAAAUCCAGCGUCUGUUAGUUGUCGGUGCAGUUUUCAUUGCAUUUCUGUCACCUGGCCAAAGUGAUGAAAGAUUCUGUCGAGAUGUAUUAAUUAGUCUCAUAAUAGCUGCUUCUUGAGCAUCGCCACUACCUAAAUUGCCUAAAUUGUGUUAUCUCAAUAUAUUCAUGCGCUCCGUGAAAGGAAAUUUGGUGAUGGAGUAGCGAUUUGUUGAAUUUGUUCGAUUCUCACAACCUGCGUACAGUUGUGUACAAUAUGUAACAAACCAUGCUUCAUAAUCCGUGAUUAAUUUUUAUUGAGGCCAUAAUAAUAAUAAUUUAGCUCAAUGUGCACAAAUGCAAAAUAUAUUUCUCAUAUUUAUAUGUGAUAGUGAAUCGCAAUUCUGCUCAUGAUCUCAAAACCUCUCCGAUAUGUCUAGUGUCUAGACGACCAACAGAAAGAUUUUUUAAAAGCGCCAUCAAUAAUGUGUUAUUUAUGAAAAAACAAAUAAACAAACACACAACGAGAAGGCAAAGGCGCGCAGAUUUUUAAAAUAAAUUUUUAAGUUUAUCCUGGAAAAGAAUUGAAAAUGUGGAACACGGAAGAAACACUUCGCCUGAGGAGACACUCGUUUGAUGAUUUCCUCACCGUGGCAGAAUCCUUGGAGUUGCAGACAUCUCAACGAAAAUGCAAAUCUCUAAACGGAUUAAAGUGGAUUGAGAUUACAAAGGAUGUGGGGUGGAGUUGUGAUGUGGACUCUUCAGACUCGGAGCAGUCUGUAGUAAGUGCAGCUUCAUCCCACCUCUCCAUUCCUGGAAAUCAGCUGGGAUUCGACUUGGAAAAGGAAUUGCAAGAGCUGAGGCCAGAAAAAUGUGAAAAGUAUGAGCAGCCAGGAAAUGCCCCUGAAGACUUUGAAGCCUUCCGGAAGCACCACAACUGGAUCCCUUACACUUACCAAGACAGCCAACUUCCCAAGGAAGCUUAUGCAAGACCCACACCAACUUAUGUCUGGAAAUCUCGAAGGCGGAAAUUCACAAAAUCUAAGCACAUUCAGAAGAAGCGCUUUGAGAUUUUGGAUAUCGAAUCAGACAUUGACACUGAAGACGAUGACAUAGAGGAAAACUGUGUGGCCAGAUUUAAAGCUUUACCACGAGGUCAAAAUGCUAGAGCAAACCACCAGGCCAGAGUGAAUUGGCUAAAAUAUAAUCUUGCUCCUCUUCGCGCCCGACGGUGCAGCAGCGAUGAAUAUUCUGAAUCUUCACACUCCGAUCCAGAUUUACAGAAUGAAAUUAUUAGAAUCUACCCAAAACAGUAUCAGGGGAACAGUUCCGACGAUGAACUCUGCUACCCCGAUCGAGACAGUGACUAUGAGUACUCGCAUGUGUGGGGCGAAAGUGAUUCGGAAAAUCCAGAAUUGGAACUCGAUGGACAGGAAUCAGUGAAUUUUCCAUGUGGUGACCUGAUGGAGGAAGCAGACAGAUCUGCCGAAGCAUCCCUCCCUUUUAAGAGGUAUUACAAACUUCUAGACGCUCCAUCACCAGAACCGUAUUUACCGCAGGCCAUUUUUGACCCAAAAGACUUACCCUCUUGCGUCCACAAGGUAGACCCUAGCGAUAUCCUGGCACUAGACUUUUUAAACUUGGACUUGUCCUCUCCUCAUGAUAUUCCUCGGGUGUCCGAUCACACUCCUAAUUUCAAAAUUGUGGACGGCAAAAUUGAAAACAAGUCAAAGGUGAACAUAGGAAUACAAGAGGAAAGGGCAAGUCAGAAAAGAAAAAUUUCCGAUGCAAGUGUCGGCAGCAGUGUGGACUGCAGUGUGUCCAAAUUUGCUCGCCUGAGGAAGCAAGACUCUUCAAGUGACGAAGAAAGCUCUGGUUCAGUUUCGUCGUUUGUGCUGACAGGCCGCAAAAAUGAAUUUGAUAAAUUACUCAAGAUAGAAUUACAUGACGAAGGCGUAAUAGAGUCGCCUUACCCUACGCCAAAUAGUGACAUUGAAAGCCUAUCUAGUCCGGCAAAUGUUCAGUGUGACUUAAACAUGCAUUAUGUAUUAAAGUAAAAGCAUCCAUUUGAAAAAAAAAAUAAUAAUAAUAAUGCAGACAACCACCUGAAUAAGGAUUUUAAUUAAUUCCAGGUUGCUUAAAUUUGGUUUAAAUUUUGCAAAUUCAAAGAAAAAAUAGCUAAAAUUUAAUGUAUUUUUUGACGAGAGGAGUUAUCGAGUAAUUUCAUCAUAAUAAAAAUUUUCU